CACCCCCCCAAUGUAUGCAGUUUUUCUCUCCGCGAUCUCUUCUCCCCGCUCUCUCCAGAAAUCCAGCAUGAAAAUCCUCGUGGCCUUGGCAGUCGUUUUUCUCGUCUCCACUCAACUGUUUGCAGAAGAAAUCGGAGCCAACGAUGAUCUCAAUUACUGGUCCGACUGGUCCGACAGCGACCAGAUCAAGGAGGAGCUGCCCGAGCCCUUUGAGCACCUUCUGCAGAGAAUCGCCCGGAGACCGAAGCCCCAGCAGUUCUUCGGCUUAAUGGGCAAACGGAACGCUGAUUCCUCAGUUGAAAAACAAGCGGCCCUGUUAAAGGCUCUUUAUGGACAUGGCCAGAUUUCUCAUAAAAGACAUAAAACAGAUUCCUUUGUUGGACUUAUGGGCAAAAGAGCUUUAAAUUCUGUGGCUUACGAAAGGAGUGCAAUGCAGAAUUACGAAAGAAGACGUAAAUAAACUGCCUAAUGUGUUCUUUACCGAGCUUCAUUUGUGUCAAUGGCCAAUAAAAGGUAAAAAAAAAAAAAAAAAAGAGAAAUGCACUACGAGGAAUAAUUAAUUAUUUAUUUAAUAACAAUCAUUGUUUUGAGUUGAAAACUCAAAAAGUGUUUAUUUUUCAUAUUGUGCCAAUAUGUGCUGUAAAAGUGUGUUAUAAUUAUAAUAUGAUGACUCCCUCAGAAAUAGAAAUCAGUGGUAAUUUCUCAAUAAAGCACAGUGUUCAAUGAAAUUGUAAAAACCUGCCGACAGCAGUCUCUGAAAAAAGACAUCAUUUUUGUUUCUUGGGGCAAUCACGUCAGCUCCUGCUGAAGGAAAGGAAACUCACAGACAGGCCUGCGCUUCUCCGUUUGUUUUCAUGGUGAAAAUGUACUGAGAUUUGGUAUCAAACUAUAUUUGUAUCCCUGCAGCAUGUUUUAUGUUUUGUGACUAUAUAGAGAUGUUUUAAAAACUUUCAAUGUGAUUCUAAGGUCUUCAUUUCAUUGUACAAUGUGUUGUGAUAGUUGACAUUUUAAAUAAAAGAAAAAAUAUCUUGA